AUCGACACCCCCGCCCCACCGCUCCCCGCACCCACCCGGGGGCGGACGCAGCAGCGGGCAGCCGCGGGCAAGAGCGGGCAGCAGCGGGCAGCACGGCGGGUGACGCAGCCCCCCGGACCGCACAUAAGGGACGAUGGGGGCGGGGGCACCGGGGUAGCCCACUCACCGCCACCGGUACCAGGAACUGGGCACCGAUACCAGCACCGGGCACCGGCACCGGGCAGCAGCUUCUGACCGGCAGUGCCUUUGCCCAACAGUGAGCAGCAGCAGGUGCCAUGGAGGAGGUGAUGGAGCUGGAGAUGGGGGGCAACUCCCUGCUGAAGGCCGUGUGGCUCGGCCGGCUGCGGCUGACCCGGCUGCUGCUGGAGGGGGGGGCUUAUAUCAAUGAGAGCAACGAGAAAGGAGAGACCGCCCUGAUGGUGGCCUGCAUCACCAAGCACGUUGACCAGCAGAGCAUUAACAAGGCCAAGAUGGUGAAGUACCUGCUGGACAACAGAGCAGACCCCAAUAUCCAGGACAAGUCUGGGAAGACAGCCCUCAUGCACGCCUGCAUUCGCGGUGCAGGGGGGGAUGUGGUGUCCCUGCUGCUGGACAAUGGGGCAGACCCCAGCCUGGAAGACCACUCAGGAGCAUCUGCUCUGGUCCACGCCAUCAAUGCUGAUGACAAGGACGUGCUGCAGCACCUCCUGAACGCCUGCAAGGCCAAAGGGAAGGAGGUCAUCAUUAUCACCAUGGAUAAAUCAGCCUCUGGUGCUAAGACCACCAAACAGUACCUGAAUGUUCCCCCCUCGUUGGAGUUCAAAGAGAAAGACCCCACUGAGGGGUGCCCAGCACCCUUUAGCACCCACCUGAAAUCUCCCAUCUCAGCACCUUCCCCCACUGAGAAGGAGAGUGGCAUCUUCACCCCACAUCCAUCACACCCCAGGGACACUCCCUGUGCCGGGGCCACCGAUGACCCCCCCUCUCCAGGCCAGAGAGCUGGGAUGCCCAGGAGAGCACAUCUGCCCCAGCUGAAGCGGCUGCAGUCCGAGCCCUGGGGGCUGGUGGCACCCUCGGUCCGUGAGGACACACGGGGCUGUGUGGACGAUGAGGUCAUCAUGGGCAUCAGUGACCUCUCACUCUCCAAGAAGGCUCCCCUUGCCCGGGGUAGCAAGGACCCCUCACUCUUUCCGCCGGUAGAUGAGCAGGCUCUGAGGACACCGGCUAGGAAAGCAGCCUACGAGAAGAGCCAGGCCGCCCAGCAGCGCCUCCCUCGUCGGAGCACAGUCCCCGAAGAGACGGAGCACGUCGGCUCCGUGGCUCUGGAUAGCCUGCACCGCUGGAGGUUGGGUGCUGAAUACUGUGAGCUCUCUGGUGUCCCCGAGGCAGGCAAGGCGCCAUCGGGGCGGAGGAAGCUCAGCGGAUCCCACCUGGCCUUGCUGGACGGUUCAUGGGAGUCCCUGGAUGGUGUCACAAGCACAUCCCCCGGCACCGCCCGGCGCCGGCCGCCCGGCUUGCUGGAGAGGAGGGGUUCCGGCACCCUGCUGCUGGACCACAUCUCCCACACCAGGACAGGCUAUCUGCCCCCGCUGAACAUCAACCCCAGCCCCCCCAUCCCCGACAUCGGAUCCAACAGCAAAGCCCCCUCCCCUCUUGCUGCUGGCACCAAGUCUCUGCAGCCGGUGGGUCCCGGCGAGCUGCGAGCGCGGCGGAAGCUGCUGCGGAGACACUCGAUGCAGGCGGAGCAGAUGCGGCAGCUCUCUGACUUCGAGGAGAUCGUAGCCCAGUAGCUGUGCCACCGCUGGCUUCUUAAACCAGCUCUAUUCCCCCAGAAACGUGACGGUUCCCUCACGUCACCCAGUCCCAGGGAAGUGCCAGCAGCCACGGAGAUCAGACCUGUGCCUAGGGGGUGAAGCAGGAGGGUCCUGCAGGUACGGAGCCGUAAAGAGAGCCCGGGCACCCAUCUGAAGUCUCCCUUCUGCUUUCAUCCGCUGGAGACGUUCCUCAGGAGUGAUGAGCUGAGAGAUCGACCUCAGAUCACCUGAGCUCAGGCUCCAGCCUGGAGGGCACUUGUUCUUUGCCACUCGCUCCUGCUUGUCUGGAGCCAGGACCUGUCCUGGGGCCGUGGGGCUGGGAUGUUCCUCAAGUGCCUAUCAGGAAAGAAAGGAGGAAUAGCUGACCUUUAAAGGUCCCUUCCCACCAAAUUCCAUGAUUCUGUGACUCCAUUGCCCCUCUCUGGCAGACGGAGGCACUGAUCCACUCACUACAGAAGGAGACAACUCCUCACCUCGGAGGUCUCCAGGACCUCUGCAGCUCCAGGGGCUGAGCUGACUCCUUCCCACUGCAGCCCUCCAGGACCAGACCAGCAGUGGUUUUGUCUCCAUCUCCAAAGCUCCAAAGUUCAGGGGCAUCUCCCACCUCACCGAGCAACGCCUUGGGGAGAGAACACCCCCAGGUGUUCUACGAAGGCAGCUUCUGCCAGGGUGCCAAGUGCGGCACACAGGGAGUGUUAGGGACUCGUCCCUGCUGGGUAAAGAUUCAGUCUCAGCACCCAAGCCUGCAGCACUCAAGCCUGCAAUACCUACGGCCCCCACAGCACCUGCAGCACCCUCAGUAGCCAUGGUACCCACAGCAUCCACAGAACUGACAACACCCACAGGCCCAUAUCACCUAUGAUACCCAUGGCACCUUCAGCAUGCUCAGCACCAAUGGUGCCCAUGGAACUCUCAGCUCCCACAGCAUGCAGCAUCCCUACCUUGUGGAGCUAGCACUGGACGCUGCCCUGGGCUCAGCCAGCCCAGCAUACUUCCAUCUGUCUGCCCAUUUGUCUGUCUGUCCCUCCACUCAGGCCAGCUCCUUUCCUGGGCACCACCCACCUGUCCCCAGGCUGUUGAGGACUUUCCCAUGGGAAGCAGCUCCACGUUCUGCCACAUGCAGGGUGCCCUUUGUAGGGGCAGUUGCUGCUUAGAGCAAAGGUGGGGUCACAUCUCUGGAGCAUCAAGGGUCACCCAUUCUGAGAACAUCUCCAGAUGGCUCCCGGGUUGAAUUUUGGGGCUGUUUUCCCACAAUGAUAAUGUUUCUCUCACGUUUUGGAGUGUG